AUGGAUGACAGAGCAAGCACCAUUUCCCAGUUAGUAAAUCGCCUUCUAUCUUAUAUCUUCUUGAUCAUUACCUUAUCAUAUUGCUCUUGUCAGCUAUUUUGCUCUGCUAGAGAUAUCAUUGAACAUGACACUCCGAUUCGGGAUAAUGGAGAGACUCUUGUCUCAGCUGGAGGAAAAUUUGAACUGGGAUUUUUUACCCCUAAUGGAAGCUCUAAUGGGACCCGAUAUGUUGGAAUAUGGCACAAAUUUUCUCCGGAUACAGUUGUAUGGGUUGCCAACAGAGACUAUCCACUUUUCAGCUCCACUGGGGUUUUUGGAGUCCAUAAAGAUGGUAACCUCCAUGUAUUAGACAACAGUACUGGAAAUUCUUGUUGGUCAACUGGGCUUGAUUCAUCCAGGUCCCCAAACCGUACAGUGAAGCUCAUGGAUUCAGGAAAUUUGGAGUUAAAAGAAGGUAGUCAGCUGGGGAAGAGUUUGUGGGAGAGCUUUAAAAAUCCAACCAAUACGUUUCUACCGCACAUGAAGAUGGAUGCGGACUUGAAAUUGACUUCAUGGAAAGAAGAAAAUGAUCCGGGGAUAGGAAACUUCAUUUUCAAGCAAGAGAGUGAAGGAGAAAACGAGUUUAUCACGACAAAAAAAUCAAUUCCAUACUGGAAAAGUGGAGGUAAAUUUGCUACCUCAGAUAAGAUGCCUGCUGCAGUAGUUGGCAUACUAUUAAAUUCCACCUCUAAAUCAACCUCACGCUUUCGAACACUAAUGAUAGUGCUUAAAUUUGAUGGGAAUAUUACAUUCCAGUACUGGGAUACAGACAGAAAGGCUUGGGUUCCAAUAUGGUCGGAACCAAGAGAUCGCUGUAAUACCUAUUAUGCUUGUGGAGACUUUGGCAGCUGCAGUAUUAACAAUAAUGGGUUGACUUGCAAAUGCUUAACAGGAUUCAAACCCAGCAUCCCAGAGAAGUGGAAUUCUAGUGAUUUUUCAGGUGGCUGCACCAGAGGAACUAAAUUGUGCGGUGAAAAUGACAAGUUCUUGAGCUUCAAGAUGAGGAACAUGGGAAACCCCGAAUCGUCAGGAUCCCUGCCUAACAACGAAACAGAUUGUAGGCAUGAGUGCGUUGGCAAUUGCCAAUGCCAGGCUUAUUUGUUUCAGGCAGCCAAAAGCAGCAAGCAGAGGGGGAGUUCUAGUUCUAGCACCGGCUCCUGCUCAAUAUGGCUCAGACAACUACACGAUCUCCAAGAGGAGUAUGCCGAUGGUGGCUACAACCUCUCUGUCCGCGUAGCCUUGUCAGAUUUAGAAUCAACAGUAAGAAACUGCAAUCCUUGUGGCACAAGUAUAGUUCCUUAUCCCUUGAGCACUGGACCAGAUUGUGGUGAUCCUAUUCAUUACACUAUGUACUUCAGCUUCCAGUGCAGCACCUCCACGGGCAGUGUCACUUUCAAGUCACCAAGCGGUGAGUACCGCGUGAUUAGCACUGAUCCAGGUAACCGAAAAUUUGUCAUUCAAGUUGAGGAUUUUGAUAACUGUGAGGCUAGAAAUUCCAGAGGAAAGAAUCUGCAGCUCAACAAGUCGUUACCAUUUAGUGUCAGCAAUUCGUGCUAUGCUAAAGAUUCACAUAAAGAUAGAGGUGAAAUUGAAAUUGUUUGGGAGAUACCAUCGGAGCCAACCUGCACUUCGCAGGCAAGCUGCAAAGAAUGGCCAGAUUCAACUUGCAGUAUUGGAAGAGGUGGAAACAAGAGGUGCCUUUGUAAUAAAAAUUUUGAUUGGGAUGGCGUUAAAUUGAAUUGUACCGCUAAUCAAGGUACUUUUUUUCAUCCCUCAGAAGGAAAGUCUCGUAGAAAAACAACACCUUUAUCUCUUAUUGUCGUGCCAAUAGUCGUGAGUGUAGCCGUUCUAGCAUGCAGUUUUGUUUCAUUUAUCAUUUGGAGAAAAAAAAUGUCCAAGAAAAAUGAAAGCAUAAGAUCUGAUCAAAGAAGUAAAGAUCUGCUCAAGCUAGACACUCAAAGACGUAUCAAACACCUAAUAAAUUCCGGUGAGUUCGAUCAAGAAGAUGAGGAAGGCAUAGACGUACCCUUUUUUGACUUUGAAAGCAUUAUAGCCGCAACCGAUGACUUCUCAGAUGCAAACAAACUCGGACAGGGUGGAUAUGGGCCUGUUUACAAGGGUAAAUUUCCAGGAGGUCAAGAAAUCGCAGUGAAGAGGCUGUCAAGUGUUUCAGGACAAGGAUUGCAAGAAUUUAAGAAUGAGGUGGUUUUGAUAGCCAAACUUCAACAUCGAAACCUUGUUAGACUUCGAGGAUAUUGCAUAAAAGGAGAGGAAAAGAUUUUACUCUACGAGUACAUGCCAAAUAAAAGCUUAGACUCCUUCAUAUUCGAUGACACAAAAAGCGUGUUAUUGGACUGGGAGAUGCGCUUUAACAUCAUUUUGGGGAUAGCUCGAGGGCUUCUCUAUCUUCAUCAAGACUCGAGAUUGAGGAUCAUUCACAGAGAUUUGAAAACCAGCAAUAUUCUUUUAGACCAGGAUAUGGAGCCCAAAGUAUCUGACUUUGGCUUGGCCAGGAUUGUUGGAGGCAAACAAACUGAGGCGAGCACAAAUAGAGUUGUUGGAACAUAUGGAUACAUGUCUCCUGAGUAUGCACUAGAGGGACUUUUCUCUGUCAAAUCCGAUGUUUUUAGCUUCGGUGUAGUUCUGCUCGAGAUAAUUAGUGGGAAAAGGAACACAAGGCUUGUUCAGUACUACGAGCAACCUUUGAGCCUCCUCGGUUAUGCAUGGAGACUCUGGACAGAAAAUAAGGUGUUGGAUUUAAUGGACCCUACUUUGCAUGGGAGUUACAAAGAAGACCCAUAUGUGAAGUGCUUCAAAGUUGGGCUUUUAUGCGUACAAGAAGACCCAAGUGAACGGCCCACCAUGUCAAGUAUCAUCACCAUGCUUGACAGUGAAUCUUCAACUGUUCCAACUCCUCAACAACCAGCCUUUGUCCUAAGGAGAAGUUCGGUUGUAGCUUCUUCGUCUUCUAGUAAACCCAUUGCCGAGAUAACGGCCACUCUAGAAGAAGGGCGGUAGUGCAUGACAAGAGCGUCCCGCCAAGCUUCUCAUUUCGAGUUUUUCACACAAAGUUACAGAGCUUUUUUGGUCUAUUUUUUCACUCAUGAUUGUAGUUUGCUUGAAAAUUCCUAACAAGGUGGUAACU